CGUCAAUCCUCUCAAUUGAGCUACCCAUCCCAUCGACUGUGAGAUUCAGCCAUUGAUGGUGUCGGCAAAUAGAGGCGAGGGUGGCACAUGCUAGUGUUGCAGCGUGGCUUGGGGCUGUGGUGCGGCGUGUGGUAGUGGUGUCGGUCUCUAACGAUUUCUUGAAGGUUUGGUCAUGAAUGGUCCAAAGCUUCGUGGCCUUUGUGAGAGGCCCUACGGUGAUAGUGACUUUAGCCCGCUCUAGGAUGUCCAUCACUAAGAAGGCAUAUGGCAGGAUUCGGUCAUGGGAAAUGGUGGCGGCGUCGGCCAUGUGGAUCAUCAAGAACUUGGUCCAAUUCAACGGUGCCACGUGCAUGGAUGUGUGGAUGAUCUUGAUGUCCUCGUCGAACAUUGUCGUGUGACUUCCAUCCCAGGGCUUGAGGAUCCGAGAGAUGAUGUAGAGAAGCAGACGGUUCUCGGGAGGAGCGGAGCGAAUGGUGGGACGACCAGUGGCAUGCCGAAUAAGUUUGGUGAUGCCGAGCUCCUAGAUGACCAACCCUUCAUUGUAGAUCACCCAGUCUUCUCCUCCAUAAUUGAAGAUCUCACCGCCUUGAGAGGGCAGUCCGAUAAUGCGUCCAAGAUGCUCAACGGUGAGUUCUAUCGGCGUGCUCUUGACCAUGGUGUAAAGGACAUCUCCUUCACGUCGAAGGAAAAACAAGAAUCCAUUAAGAUUCGGUACUCAAGAAAGAAGUCGAAACACUAAACUAGCGUAGAAUAUAGGUAGAAACCAAUGUAAGGAUAUGACUUUAUAUACCUAUAUUCACAAGCUCAAAAGCACUCACAAAAUAUGUUUAAAACCAUUCCAUAAACAUUUUCAAACAUCUAAAAGGUUUUAAACUCAAACACGAAGGAUUAAGGAUAUUUUG